AUGGGCUCUGUAAUCACCGAACACGAUGUUACCAUCACAUCUUUCGAGGUCGUUGACCUACGCUUCCCAACGAGUCUCGAUGGUGUCGGUUCAGAUGCAAUGCACAAAGGCACCAAUGGGUCGCAUCCUUUCAUUCAAUUGAAGACAAACCAUAAUGAACUUAUUGGAGAAGGAAUUGCUUUUAGCAACGGACGAGGUAGCGAAUUGAUAUGCAUGGCCCUCGAUAUUUUCGCUCGUCGUGUUGUUGGAAAAACAAUGCACGAGCUUACACGAAACAUGGGCAAGACAUGGCGGUAUAUGGUCUCAGACUCGCAAUAUCGAUGGAUCGGACCAGAAAAGAGUGUUACACAUCUCGCUGUUGCCGGAGUACUCAACGCAGUCUGGGAUCUCUGGGGCAAGAUACUGGGCAAACCUGUGUGGCAGAUUAUCUGCGAAAUGACCCCUGAGCAAAUAGUGCAAUGCAUUGAUUUCCGAUACAUUACUGACGUGAUCACGCCGGAAGAGUGUAUUGAGAUGCUCGAAAAGACUCAAAAGAACAAAGACGCACGGCUGAAGGAGGCUCUAGACAACGUUGCAGUUCCCGCCUAUACUACCUCUGCCGGAUGGUUGGCUUUCUCUGGUAACCGGAUGCGAGAAGUGCUGCAAGAAACUAUCGACGCCGGAUUCACCGUAUUCAAGUUCAAAGUCGGCACUAAUGUGAAAGCGGACAGAGAGAGGCUGGCGGCUGUCAGAGAUGUCUUAGGAUAUGAUAAAGGUUAUCAGAUUAUGAUCGAUGCGAAUCAGGUGUGGAGCGUUCCGGAAGCUAUCGAAUACAUGAAGGAACUGGUCGAGUUCAAGCCAGUUUUCAUCGAAGAGCCUACCAAUCCUGAUGACGUACUUGGCCAUGCAGCCAUUCGAAAAGCUCUUAAGCCAUAUGGAGUCGGCGUAGCGACCGGAGAAGCUGCACAAAAUCGCGUCACAUUCAAGCAACUUCUGCAAGCAGAGGCCACAGACGUCUGUCAAAUCGAUGCAGUCAGACUCGGCAGCGUGAAUGAAUGUCUUGCUGUGAUGCUCAUGGCCUUGAAAUUCGACGUACCCUGCGUACCGCACAAUGGAGCAAUGGGAUUGACAGAGUUGACAUCUCACCUUAGCACAAUUGAUUAUAUCGCUAUCAGUGGGCGAAAGUCAAUGCUAGAGAAUGCUGACAGUCAUCGGGAGAAUCUGCGACAUCCAUCCAAGAUUGAAAAUGCACAUUAUGUCACCCCGCUGGCUCCCGGCUAUUCAACGGGAUAUACCGAUGAAGCGUUGGAGAAAUAUACAUAUCCCACAGGGAGCUUCUGGAGAAGUGACAUUGGAAAAGAGAUCAUCGCGCAACCUACUGGCGGCGAGUUGUAG